AUGAAGCUCACACAAGCAACCACCCUCCUCCUCUCCCUAGGCCUCAGCCUACCGGUAGAAGGCUUCUCCCUGUCCAGAACCAACGCAGUCGGGCCCAAACCACCAUUCCGACCUCUUCCGGCCAGUUCACCCCGGAACAAGACCUGUCACGUCCACAGUAACGAAGACGGAACGGAUGAUGCACCAUAUAUCCUCUCUGCCCUGAAGCAAUGCAACAACGGCGGCAAGGUCGUCUUUGACGAAGACAAGGAGUACACGAUUGGCACAGCCUUGGACAUGACCUUCCUGAAGCAUGUAGAUCUGGAAAUCCUCGGCAAAAUCACCUUCACCCCAGACACAGACUACUGGCAAGAGAACUCCUUCAAACACACUUUCCAGAACGCGACCACCUUCUUCAACCUCGGCGGCACAGACGUCAACGUCUAUGGCGGCGGCGAACUCAACGGGAACGGCCAGGUCUGGUACGACCUGUACGCUGAGGAUGCGCUCAUCCUGCGGCCCAUUCUCGUCGGCAUUAUCGGGCUGCACGGGGGCACGAUCGGCCCUCUGAAGUUGCGGUAUUCGCCGCAGUGGUAUCAGCUCGUUGCGAAUAGUUCGGAUGUGCUGUUCGAUGGGAUUGAUGUUUGGGGGUAUAGUAGCAGUGAAAAUGAGGCGAAGAAUACGGAUGGAUGUAAUAUCGUUAUCCAGAACUCGGUCAUCAACAACGGUGAUGGUAUGUUUUCUUUCUUCCUCCCCGCCGUCUUUGUGAAUACACUAACCAUAAGAAAUUUGAAAGACUGUGUCUCCUUCAAACCAAACAGCACUGAGAUCCUUGUUCAGAACCUCCACUGCAAUGGUUCCCACGGUAUCUCCGUGGGCUCACUAGGCCAAUACCAAGGCGAAGUCGACAUCGUGCAGAACGUCCUCGUCUACAACAUCUCCAUGUAUAAUGCCUCUGACAUGGCCCGCAUCAAGGUCUGGCCCGGUGUGUCCAGCGCAAUGUCCGAAGAUCUCCAGGGUGGAGGCGGCCUCGGCAGUGUCCAGAACAUUACCUACGACCACAUGUACAUUGAGAACGUGGACUGGGCAAUUGAGGUUACGCAGUGUUAUGGACAGAAGAAUCAGACGUUGUGUAACGAGCAUCCGAGCAACCUUACGAUUAGCGAUGUCUACUUCAAUGAUCUCACGGGUGUCACAUCUGCAAAGAAUGACCCUAACGUCGGAACGAUUAUUUGCUCGAGUCCUGAUGUUUGCUCUGGUAUUCAUGCCACGAAUAUCGAUGUCAAGAGUCCUAAGGGGAACAGUGAUUUUAUUUGUACCAAUGUUGAUGAGGAGUUCUUGGAUGUUGAAUGUGCUUCGUCCAGCUAA